UCAGGUGUACUAUCAGAAACUGAAGCACAUGGUGCAAGACAAGAUGCACGCUCGCUCGAGGGGGCCGCGCGCCGUCCUCACCAGGCAGCCGACCGAGGGAAGGAGUCGCGAUGGCGGACUCAGGCUGGGCGAGAUGGAGAGAGACUGUCUCAUUAGUUACGGUGCCAGCAUGAUGCUGGUUGAAAGACUGAUGAUAUCCAGUGAUGCAUUUGAUGUAGAUGUCUGCAACCAGUGUGGCAGGUUGGCUUAUUCUGGCUGGUGUCAUGGCUGCCAGAGUAGUGCUUCAGUAUCAACCAUACGGAUACCAUACGCUUGUAAACUGCUAUUUCAAGAGCUGCAGUCUAUGAAUAUCUCGCCACGCUUAACGUUGAAGAACUAUUGUGAUUAACUACUGUGAAAGGUUACUUGAUAUCUUGAAUCAUUGUUUUAGAUUAAUUGUUGUAAUUGCAGAAUAAAAAUGAAUUUUCAUUA